GUCACAGGCAGGGCCCGCCCCAGCCGCGCGGGACGCCUGUUAAAACCGCGGCUCGCCAGCGCCCCGGAAGCUGCCCCUUCUCGGGGGUCAUGAUGGGCAGCAAGAUGGCGUCUGCCAGCAGGGUCGUUCAGGUAGUCAAGCCACAUACUCCAUUAAUAAGGUUCCCUGACAGAAGAGACAAUCCUAAACCAAAUGUAUCAGAAGUUCUACGAUCAGCAGGACUACCAUCUCAUACUUCUUCAAUUUCACAGCAUUCUAAGGGAAGUAAAUCGCCAGACUGGCUGAUGCAUCAGGGUCCACCAGACACUGCAGAGAUGAUAAAAACUUUACCUCAGAAAUACAGAAGGAAACUUGUGUCUCAAGAAGAAAUUGAAUUUAUCCAACGUGGAGGUCCAGAAUAAUCACUGAUAAUGUGGCUCCUAUUUGUCAUCAGAUAAAGAAGAGUCUUUCUAAAAAAGGACUUCCAGAAUGACAAAUGAAAAAUUGUAUAUUAAACAACUUUAAUAAAUAUUCUGUAAAAAGAAAAAAAAAGAUGAAGUAUAGAAAAUUUAGAUGGACACAUAUCUCCUAAUUUAUGUAUCUUGGUCAGCUUCUCUAUAAGUUUACCUGAUUGUUUAUAUACUUUAUACCUUAAUUAAAGUAUACAUUUUAAAAUGUUAGCCUGUUAAUUUACUCUUGAUUAUCAAGCAUAACAGUGUUGAACUAUUGAAAGCACUCAGUGUCUAGUGAACCGUCAAAGGCUUCCAGUAAUUUCACUUUUCUUUCAGUUUCCGUUUAAACAUAGAAUAUAUUUGGCAGAAUUGCAGCUUUCUAGAAGUAAUUUUCCUGAACUUGAAAGAGGAUCCGUGAAAUAAUAACUCCAUUAUUUGUUCUUACUUCUCAGUGUUUUUGCAUUCACAAAGUUACUGGAGUAUAACUGGCUUAUUAACAAGCAUAUCCUACUUUAAAUGAUAAAAAUAUGCCCAUGGUAGAACAGGUGACUUUGUGAUAUUAAGACUAGGGAGUUAACACAUAAUAUUAUAUGUAACCUGUAUUCAGAAAAGAAAUGCCAGAGUAUAAAAUGGAAAAUGAGAUAAAAAUAAAUAUAGCAUAGGAAUAACAUUUGACCAGAAAUUGUAAUUUAUUAUGUUUUCAGGGGGGUUAAGAAAGUCUUGUUCUUUGGUUUAUCUCUUUCUUUUGAUUGUGAUCAUGUAUACAAAUCCUGAUAAUCAUAAACUUUCUCAAACUUAA